CGCCACCCGUUAGAGCGCAGCUCGGAUGCACUGCUAACCCGGGGCAAAUGCUUUGCAUUUAAUGCCGAAGUGUUUUGUAUGAAUUAUUCUAAUCCAGAUUCCUGUACAUUGACAUGUUUCAAAAGAUGUGUACAGUGCUUUAAGUUAAUAUGUCAUGUGUAGUAAACAAACUUUUUCAUUGCUGUCGUAUGAGAAUUUAAGUUGUCAUUAGGUAAAACAAUGCCAGGAGGAGAACCAUUAUUACCAUUUGUCAGUGGAUGGGAUGAUGAUUCAACAGGGAUUGAAGAAGAUCCUAAUCCUAGAGAGAAUCCUGAAAAAGAGAUACUUUGGGCUGCUGAAAAUGGAGAACUUGAAGUAGUUCGAAACAUAAUUAUGAAUAAUCGAGAGUGCAUACAUGUAAAAGACGGUGAUGGUUACACCCCGCUACACCGAGCUUGUUACAAUGACCACGUUGAAAUAGUUGAUAUUUUGUUAGAGCAUGGGGCAGACAUUCAUGCGCGAACAAAAGAUCAAUGGCAGCCCUUACACUCUGCUUGUAUGUGGAACAACACCAAAUGUGUGGCGAAACUCUUAGAGCAUGGGGCAGAUGUCAACGCUACCAGUGAAGGGGGUCAAACCCCAUUACAUCUUGCUGCAGGCAACAGUGAAUCCAUUGCCACUCUAGCACUGUUGCUCACCCAUCCACUACUGAAACCUGACAUACGCAACAAAAGUGAUGAAACUGCAGCUCAGAUAGCGAGACGAAGUAAUCCUAAUUAUUGGAUUUUUGAAAGUGUUGAACCAUGUCUGAAUGUUUUCACACAUGAUGGUUGAUUGUUUUCUAUCUCUGUGGUGUUUUUUUAUUCAAACAAUUACAGAUGCUAGUUUUAGCUAGUACUUCUCUAUAAUUGUACUUUCAGAAGCUUCUUGAUAUAACUUCAAGAAUCUGCAUUCUUUUUAUAGAGAAGAUUUUUUCCUAAAAUAAUUGACUGCAUAUUCAAAGGGUAUGUUGGAAGUUACUUUGUCAUUGCAAGCCUUGAGAAACUAACAGUGAUAUGUUAAAAAAUUACAUGAAAGUAAAAAAUAAGUAGGGACAGUCAAUUAAUCUUUUGAUUUAAUAAUCACUCGGCAUGCAAUUUGAUUUUUGAAUAUUGAUAUUUUCUUCAAACCAAGCAUAAUUUAUCAGAAUUAUUUGAAAAGAGUGGAAAUAUUUCAAUAGGUCCAACUAGUUUAAUGUGUACUGAUGUUAAUUUAUUGUUUAUAAGUAAUUUUUAAUAAAAGCUUUAAAUAGUUUAAA